GCAGGGGUUGAGAUCGAGCUGCAGAAGGACAGGAAGAGCAGAAGGCCUUCGAUUCUUCAGCAGAAAGGCAAAGAGGAGGCGGAAGAUGCCGAAGCUCGGCGUCAGAAAGCCGUCGCAGGCCUCUCGCAGUCCGAGAUGGAGCAAGAGCUGCAGCAGCUCCGCCGAGCUUCGGCGCCUGGCUCCCCUCUGGCCAUCGCGCGAGUGGCGGGGAAGUUGAUGUCUCUGAAGACCGAGCCAGAUCAAUCCGAGCCUGCGCUGGCUUCAUCGGAUGAGGAGGAG